AUGAGCAACGAAACCACCCUGGAGGCAGUCUCUUCACCCCCAGUCUCCUCCCCGCCCCCCCAAGGACAGCGUUACUUCGAUCGUUUCUCCGAAGAUGACCCAGAAUAUCUGCGCAUCCGGAACAUGGCGGCCGAUCUCCGGCAGGACUUCAACAUGAUGGAGCAGAAGAAGCGAGUCACCAUGAUCCUGCAGAGCCCAUCUUUCAGAGAGGAGCUGGAGAGCCUUAUCCAAGACCAAAUGAAGAAAGGGAACAACUCCAACAUCUGGGCCCUGCGACAGAUCGCGGAUUUCAUGUCCAGCACUGCUCCCUCCGUCUUCCCCACCUCUCCCAUCAGUCUCUCCAUGGUGACGCCCAUCAACGACCUCCAUGGCACCGAGUCGCUGUCCCUAGCGAAAGGGGAGCGGCUCAUGCGUUGCAAGGUUGGCAGCAUCUACCGACUGCUGGACCUGUAUGGCUGGGCGCAGCUCAGCAACACCUACGUCACGAUGCGUGUCAGCAAAGAACAGGAUCACUUCUUGAUCUGCCCUAAAGGUCUUUCGUGUAAUGAAGUCACCGCUUCUAGUCUGAUUAAAGUGAACAUCCUGGGUGAAGUGGUGGAGCAGGGCAGCACCAGUUUUUCCGUGGACGCUAGAGGAUUCGGCCUGCACUCAGCCAUUUACGCAGCCAGACCCGACGUCAGAUGUAUUAUCCACUUGCACACGCCUGCCACUGCGGCGGUGUCUGCCAUGAAAUGUGGCAUCCUGCCUGUAUCCCACAAUGCAUUGCUGCUGGGCAACAUGGUGUACUUCGAUUUCAAUGGAGAGAUGGAGGAAGAGGCAGACAGGAUUGAGCUACAGAAGUGCCUUGGACCAACCUGCAAGAUCCUGGUGCUGCGAAAUCACGGCGUGAUCACUCUGGGAGAUACAGUGGAGGAAGCUUUUUAUAAAACCUUUCACUUGCAGGCUGCUUGUGAGAUCCAGGUCUCUGCCUUGUCUAGCGCUGGGGGAGCUGAGAAUCUGAUUGUGCUGGAGCGGGAGAAGUACAGGCCCCACGACGUUGGGUCAGUCCGAUGGGCCGGGAGCACGUUCGGACCCAUGCAGAAGAGCCGCCUGGGAGAGCAUGAGUUUGAGGCCCUCAUGCGAAUGCUGGACAACCUGGGUUACCGAACAGGCUACACGUACCGGCACCCUUUUGUCCAGGAGAAAAUCAAGCAUAAAAGCGAUGUGCUGAUCCCUGCCACCGUUACAGCAUUCGUCUUUGAGGAGGAGGUUGCUCCCAUCGCCACCCUCCGACAGCAUGCCCAGAAGCAGCAGAAGGAGAAGACCCGCUGGCUAAACACGCCCAACACCUACCUACGGGUGAACGUAGCUGAGGAGAAUCAGAGAAGCGCGGGCAGCCAGCGGACUAAGACCACGUGGAUGAAGGCUGACGAGGUGGAAAAAGCCAGCAGCGGGACCCCGAUCCGAAUCGAAAACCCCAACCAAUUUGUGCCUCUCUACACAGACCCACAGGAAGUGCUGGAAAUGAGGAACAAGAUUCGGGAGCAAAACCGCCAGGAUGUGAAAUCGGCAGGACCCCAGUCCCAGCUCUUAGCCAGCGUGAUAGCAGAGAAGAGCAGGAGUCCGUCCGCGGAGAGUAACCUGGCUUCCAAAGCAGACACGGAGACAAAAGAAGAAUCCCAGGAGGAGAUACCGACUGAGCCAGAGACCCCCAACCCGUUCAGCCAGCUAACCGACCAAGAGCUGGAGGAGUACAAGAAAGAGGUGGAAAGAAAGAAACUGGGAUUAGACGGUGAAAGAGACGCGAGCGUGGAGGAAUCUCAGGCUUCUCCUGUGAAGUCUCCCUGCGCUUCCCCACAGCGAAGCACCACAAAGUCUCCACCAAAGAGCCCACCCGUGUCCCCCGUGAAGUCCUCAGACGAUAGUGCUAAGACGGACACCAGCCAAGCCCUUGCCGAUCCCACUGCUGCUGGAGAGGAGGCGCAGCCGGCAGCGGUGGUCGUGAACGGGAAAGAUGACGACCAAACUGCAGAAGACACCCUAAGCAAAGGAAUGAGCCAGAUGACCACAACCACAGAUGCUGACCCAGAUGCCCCUAAGGACAAAACCGAGUCAAUUACUAGUGGGCCUGUGUCCCCAGAAGGCUCGCCAUCCAAAUCUCCCUCCAAGAAGAAGAAGAAAUUCCGGACCCCAUCCUUCCUGAAAAAGGGCAAAAAGAAGGAGAAGGCUGAAUCUUGA